UUCUCGGGGGCGAGAUUUCCCAGACAGCGGCCCGUUUCCAUUCUCGCAGGCUACAGCUCAAGAUGAGUCCCCUCCUUCCUCAGCGGUGCCUGCUCAUUGUCAGCGAAGCACUUUCCUCGCGGAGUGCAGGCCUCAUAGACCAAAGAUACCAACGACGAGGAAUACGAGCAGACGAGAUCAGACCUGGUCUAGUUCGUUGCCGAUCGCUAGCGCCAAAGCGUCGUUGACAGCGUCCGCGGAUUUUCUGCAAGCAAUUGGUCUCGACGCUCGCGUCUCUCGAGAGCCGUUACACCGAAAAUCGGAAGUGUGAUUGGCCUGUGAAGCCUGCUGUCAGUUCCAGGUUUUCUUGUGAAGGACGCGAUUGGUCUGAAAAUUAUCUCCCGCCAACAAACCAGUGCUCAUUCUAGCAUGCGUGAGUCCAGAAACAAAGCUUCCACUCUGUGAGAUUGGCUCUGUCUCCAAAAGGUGGCUAUCGAACUCCAUCAAGGGCAAUGAAUUUACGCGCUUUUGUAGCGGCCGCUCAUCUCGUCGCCCUCUUGCAGAAUGGACUGGGCAUGAUGAAGCUGGAUAAGCACGAGCACGAAAAAUGCGGGCGCGUCGCUCCUACGCAGAGGCAGUCACGGGCUGCGAACGACUCGACGUCGGCAACUGCUACGCCCUCCACCACGGGGAGGAUCUUCAACGGGAAGCCGAGCAAGAGGGGCGCUUGGCCUUGGCAAGUUUCGCUGCAGCUUCUUCACCCGAAGAUGGGCUUCAUCGGACACUGGUGUGGUGGAGUUCUCGUCGAUCCGAUGUGGGUGCUCACCGCAGCCCAUUGCAUCCACAAUGAACUUUUUAAUUUGCCCGUUGGAGCCUUGUGGACGGCGGUGGUUGGCGAAUGGGAGCUGGAUUCUGGGCGUCGAGGAUCUGCUCGGCUUCCGGUGGAACGAGUCAUACAACACGAGCGUUUCAACAACUACGUUCACGACAUAGCUCUCCUAAAAUUGGUCAGACCAGCUCCACUGUCAUCCAUGGUGAGGACAAUCUGUCUGCCUGACAAGGACGUGAGGCUACAGGAGCAAGUUCACUGCGUUGCAUCGGGCUGGGGUCGAUCCGGUCCGUCACCAGCUCUUUCUACAGCUCUUCUGGAGGCCAGCGUCCCUCUGCUAGAGCUUGAAGACUGCGAAAUAGCUUACGGACAGACUGUGCCAAUCCGUGGUGGGCAUCUCUGCGCUGGACACACCGAUGGAUCUACUGGAAGUUGCGUGGGUGAUUCAGGAGGUCCACUGCAAUGUAGACGUGCAAACGGCGACUGGGAAUUGGCUGGUGUCACGUCAUUUGGCUCGGGGUGUGCGCAGCCUGGUUACCCGGAUGUCUAUACCCGUGUAAAGCACUAUGUAACAUGGAUCAGAGACACCAUUCGAGCCGACAAAAACUCCUGAGAUCACAAAUAGGUACUGUCGAUAGAUUUGUCAACUCAAACGCCCGCACUUCCUUACGCCAAACUCGUUGUUAGAGAUGUUUUGUGGCAUUAGAGUGGAGUGCGGUGUCAAUUGAGGGAAUCCAAUGGUUCAGUUCCUGAUUAUUCUUCGGAUGGUUUGAUUCGGCACUUAGUCCAGUCCAGUUAAGUAAAGUCAAUGAGGUUCGA